AUGGUACCAAGGCUACCGUUCUUGACGCCCCAACUUUGCAAUUUGGUUGCUGGUGACUUGACUGUUUCUGACUCCACCAUCUUGUCUACUGUCAACUUUGCUCAAUUGACUACUGUCGGUUCUUUGACCUUCAAUGCUUUGCCAGCUUUGGAGAAGACUGGUUUGACAACCGGUUUGACCUCCGCCGAGGAAAUUACCAUCCAAAACACUGGUUUGACCUCUUUGGACGGUAUUAACGUUUUCGAACUUAAGACUUUCGACGUCAACAACAACGCCGACAUUGAGUCUAUCGACUCUGGUUUGCAAUCUGUGACUGACUUCUUGUCCAUUAACUACAACGCUGACAAGGUCGAGGUUGUCUUGGACAAGUUGACCAGUGCCAACAAUGUGGAAUUCCAACACAUUUCUUCUCUUUCCGUUGCUAACUUGACUACCGUCAACGGCUCUUUAUCUUUGCAAUCCAACACUUUCGAGUCCAUUGAAUUCCCUCAAUUGAAGUCUAUUGGUAAGUCUCUUUCUAUCAACAAGAACGACGAGUUGGAGGAGUUUGACUUCCCUAAGUUGACUACUGUUGGUGGUGCUUUGAACGUUCAAGACAACCAAAAGUUGGACUCUUUCUCUGGCUUUCCAAAGGUUAAGCAAAUCAGUGGUUCCGUGAACCUUGCUGGUGACUUCAACAACGGUACUUUCCCAGACUUGGAGAGAGUUGCUGGUGGUUUCAACUUGACCUCUACUGGUGACUUGACUUGUGACUCUUUCGUUAAGUUGAACAAGGACGGUGACAUCAAGGGUGACAAGUUUUACUGUGAGGGUGCUUCCUCCACCAUCUCUUCUUCUUCCUCUAAGAGCGGUAACGCUAACGGUUCCUCUACUGAGAGCUCUGACUCUGACUCCAGCUCUGGCUCCAACUCUAGCUCUUCUGCUUCUUCCUCCUCUUCUUCUUCUUCUUCCAAGAAGUCUGGUGCUGCUCCAGUUGCCGGUGUUCAAUUGGCUUCCUUUGCUGUUGCCUUUGCUGGUAUUGGUGCUUUCUUGUACUAA